AAAAAUUUUUUUUUUUAAACUUAAACGUACUGUUUUUUAAAAUGUCUUCAAAAUUUUGGUCCGAGUUAUCUCAUGAUUAUGAAAAACUUUUUGAGACUGAAAUAGGAUAUGACGUCAUUAUUUACGCAGGAGAAGAACCAAACAUUAAAGAAAUCCAUGCUCAUUCGAAUAUUUUAUGUAUUAGGUCAGAAUAUUUUCGUACAGCAUUCUCAACUGAAUGGGCAGAAAAAAAGGAUGGAAAAUUUAUUUUAAAGAAACCAAAUGUUUCGCCUCACUUAAUUGAAAUCAUUCUUAGGUAACAAAACAAAACGUUUAUUUAUUGCGGAAAAAUUGAAUUGGAAAAUUUACAAGGACCGGAUGUAUUGAAAUUAUUGAUAGCCGUUGAUGAACUUAAUAUCAUUCCAUUGAUUUCUUAUAUUCAAGAAUAUUUAAUUGAACAUCAAACUGAAUUUUUACAUCAAAAUCC